AUGCCGGCCGAUCAGAGCUCCGCGAGCUCCCCCUCCGACUCGAAAGAGUCUCCCUCCUCCUCCUCCCCUCCUCUUCCUCCCCCCACGAGCGAAAUGGCCGAACGCAAGGUUUCCUCGAAGUACUACCCCCCGGACUUCGAUCCGUCGGCUAUUGCCGGCCGAUCCAAGAAGAAGGAUGCGGGUCGCGGGCUGAAAACCGAGCCAGUGCGGCUCAUGGCGCCUUUUUCGAUGAAAUGCCUGAACUGUGCGGAGUACAUCUACAAGGGCCGCAAGUUCAAUGCUCGCAAGGAGAUUCUCGACGAAACCUACUUCAACAUCAAGCUCCACCGGUUCUACAUCAAGUGCACCGGCUGCAAGCAUGAGAUCACAUUCAAGACCGACCCAAAGAGCGGCGACUACACCUGCGAACGUGGCGCCCAGCGCAACGCCGAAGCCUGGCGCGAUCCCAAUGAUCCCAAGUACAAGGAAGAGACCGAGCAAGAGACCAUCGAUCGUCUUGCCGCUCAGAUUGGCGAAGAAGGCGUCGACGAAGAUCGCGACAAGAUGGCCGAGCUCGAGGACAAGAUGAAGGACAGCAAACGCGAGAUGCAAGUUGCAGAUGCACUCGACGAGAUCCGAUCACGCAAUGCCCGCAUUGAGCGCAACGAGGCCACCGACAAGAAAGUCGUAGCUCCCAAGAAGAGCGAGAAGGUCUACUUGCAGACCCCGGUUGGCCCUUGUGAAUUCGAGUCUCAGGGGGAGCUGGAUGCGUUCCAGGCGGAGGUCAAACAGAAGGCUUAUGAGGCAUUCCACGACAAACAGGGAAAUCGCCUCAAGCGUGACGGUGACGGCAAUAUCAUCCGGCGCUACACUCCCCAGGAAGAAGCUGCGGGACUUCAUCUCAUUGAUGACAAGCCUGGUGCUAAGAAAAUCAACCUUCCCGCUCCCAUUCCCGAAGAGGAGGAUGAGAUCAUCGGCGAAGAGCCUUGGCCUUGGUCUGACGACGAGAUUACGGCCGAAUAUGAUUUUAAGCCCAAGAAUAAAAAGGCCAAGACCCAGGGUGAUCGCUCUGCGAAGAUUCCUCGCAAGAAGUGA